ACGGACCGUGGCAGAUAAUCACAGGCCACUGUGGGAGAGAGACUCUUUUUGCCCACCCUGGGAUGCUUUUCCCCCCCACUCGACAAAGAGCACAACCAGAUUCCGGACGCGUUUGCAUCUUUGCGCACAUUUCGAAAUGACAGGAGUUUUUGAGAACCUCAGCACUGAUAUGCACUCCAACCAGAUGACCUCCACCAACUACCACAGCUUGCACAAGUCGCAGGAGUCGCCCACCUUGCCGGUGUCCACGGCUACGGACAGCAGCUAUUACAACAGCCCGCAGCACGGACACUCAUGCGGCGGAUCGCCCUUUGGACCCCUCGGUUCUUUCCAGUACCAAGGCAGCGGGGCCGGUGCGGUACCGUACAACUCGAAGUCUUACGACAUGGCGGCCUUCAACUCGUCUUACGGCGCCUACGGCAGUUUUGGACCCAGCUCCUCACCCACUCCUGCCGAAACGGAAAAAGAAGAGAGCGAGCCAGAAAUCAGAAUGGUGAAUGGAAAACCAAAGAAGGUCAGGAAACCUCGAACCAUUUAUUCUAGCUUCCAACUGGCCGCGCUCCAAAGGCGCUUCCAAAAAACGCAGUACUUGGCGCUGCCCGAGCGGGCCGAGCUGGCUGCCUCCCUGGGCCUCACGCAGACACAGGUGAAAAUUUGGUUCCAGAACCGCCGUUCCAAGUUCAAGAAGCUGUGGAAAAACGGCGAAAUCGCACCCGAGCAGCACGUCCCCGCCAGCGAGUCUCCUCCGUGCGCCUCCCCGCCCAGCGCAUGGGACUUUCCACAGACUCAAGGCAUGAGUAACUCCACGUUACCUCCGAAUGGCAGCAGUCCGCCCAACAACGGCAGCAGCAGUGCCCCCUCCUCCUCCUCUUCCUCUUCUUCGUUGUCCUCUUUUUUGGCAAAUUACUCGUGGUACUCCAACACGAACUCGAUGAGCCACCUGCAGCCCGCUCUGCUCCACCACAACCCGGCCAUCACUGCCGGGACAAUAUUCUGAAGAAAAAAAAACAACCGGUGACGCUGGUGUUGAAAAAUAUACGUGCGCAUUCAUUUCUGGACGUCUGAGUGGGUCCUACUUUUACGCGCGGAAGGAAAACUGUGGACGUUCGCCACAUUGACCCACAUUUUGGCGGUUAUUUUUCUAUUUAUUUAUUUUGUUUAUGUCCAGGGGUAAAUGAAUGAAUGAAUGGACCGCUUUUAUGCUCGACUUGUUAUUUUUUGACAUGCCGUUUGUUGAUUAUCAUGUUGCCAAAUUCCAACCUUGCCCGUCAGUGAUGUAGCAAAGGUCAACUGUAUCGUGCCUUUUUCGACUUGACCUCAUCUUGUGUGAUAUUUAGUUGUGGGGAAAAAGAGCCAAAAAAAUAAGAAUCUUUUUGGACCGGUUUUUAUUGUCUGCAAAAAAAA